GGAUGUCCUCAUUUACAGGGACCCAUGGCUGACGCAGGAGCUACGACAAUGCUCAUCCUGUUGGUGGUACUUUACACAUUCGCACUAUGCUCUGGGGCAAAUGUUAAAAUUGGUGUCCCUGAGAACUACAACGGUAUUUUCCCAUGGUAUCUGUCCAAGCUCCAUAGCCUUCCAGGUAAUUACAGCGACCUGGUGGUAACCGGGGACGAUGAGGGGAUAUUUGGAGUUGACGCUCAGUUUCUCUACGCUCUAAAACCACUGGACAGAGAGAAGCAGCCGUCUUACUCCCUGCAGGUCUCCUUCAGAACGUCAGCGCACCGCCAGAGCUUCACUGUCGAAGUGUGCGUCAUCGACAAGAACGACAACGUACCGUCUUUCAUAGAGGAGAGCAUGAGGGGCAGCGUGCAGCUCGGGCUGCUCAAAGGAAUCCCAUUCAUGCAGGUGGAUGCAGUGGAUCGUGAUGAUCGCAACACCGCCCACGCAGAGCUGCGGUUCCGCCUCAUGGAACAGACCCCCAGGAUUCCCUCCAGCCAAAUGUUCUCCAUCAACUCCGUCACCGGAGAAGUUUCCCUCACAGAGGAAGGGGCCUCUACUCUUGACCCGGAGAUGUGCGGCCGUUACAAGCUCUCGGUGAUGGUCAAUGACAUGGCGGGGAAGUCAAACGCUUUCUUCUCCAGCGGCAUCGUCACCGUCGAGGUGACGGGAAACACGUGGGCGUCGCCCGACCCCGUACGACUCCAGGAGAACCUCCCGGGCCCUUAUCCCAUCCCCAUCUCACAGGUCAAAUGGAGUGGAAGCCAGGCGGAGUACAGUCUGGAGGGGGAGUUCCCAGAAAUGCUCUUCACCAUCAGCAGAGAAGGAGUCAUUUAUCUCAACGCCCCUCUGGACAGAGAGACACAGGAUCAGUUCCAGAUCAGCAUUGUGGUUGAGCGUCCAGACGGCAGAGAGAUUGCCAAGCCUGUGGAGCUGAGGGUGAUGGUGGGCGACGCCAAUGACAACAGACCCACCUUUCCGCAAGCGCAGUACCAUACCGUGGUCAAGGAACUGGCCUCUCGAGGUACUGAAAUUCUAACCGUACAGGCAGCAGAUAACGACGAUCCUAAAACGGACAAUGUGCGGAUAUUCUACCGUUUAGUCGGUCAAAUUCCAGAGAGUCCUCGUGCCCUCUUCCGGGUGGACCGUGACUCAGGGGUCAUCUCCGUGCAAGCGGACAGCAUGGAGGGAACAGCAUCUCAAUACACCCUCACAAUCACUGCUGAGGAUGCCAAAGGUCUAAACAGUUCGUGCACAGUGGUUGUCACGGUGCAGGAUGAGAACAACAACCCACCGGUCUUCUCCCAACACGAGUAUGGGCCAUUUCACAUCCCAGAGGACGCCUCGGUGGGCACCACGGUAACAGCUGUGCUGGCAGGCGAUGCAGAUGUUCGGGGAGGAGACAGCUGGAAGGUGGACUACCGUUUGGAGUCUGGAAACGAGGAAGAAGUCUUUACAUUGGUGACGGACAAGCAGACCAAUGAGGUCUCCCUCGUCCUAUCAAAGGUGUUGGACUUUGAGCGGGAGAGUGAGUAUAUCCUCGUGAUCAGUGCUCAGAACCCAGUGGCUCUGGUCCGUGGCCGAUAUGGACCCGCAUCCACGGCAACAGUCUCCAUCUACGUGGACGAUGUGAAUGAAGGUCCUAUCUUGUCUCAAAGCCAUUAUGAGGUGACAGUCAGAGAGGGCGAGGAACCGGGACGGGUUAUCGCCACCAUCAGAGGUUACGACCCCGAUUCUCACCCAAUCAGAUAUUCUCUUCAAGGGGACACCAAGAAAUAUUUUUCAAUAGGGAAGUAUUCCGGUGAACUAAAGACUGUGCAGGCCUUGGACAGAGAGGAGAACAGCACGUACACCAUGGAGGUCAUUGCAGUCGAUGGCCGAAACUCUUCCUUAUCUGCAUCCACUCUGGUGACGGUCCAAAUCCUGGAUGUCAACGACAACAGUCCGGUGCUGGUUGGAGACUAUUCCUGGAAGUACCUGUGUACGCCUCGCUGGGAGGACCAAGCUCUGGUGCUAGCCUCACGGGACAGUGAUGGGCCACAGCAUGGAGGACGCCUGAACUUCUCCCUGCGAAGCGAUGCCACAGUCCGGCGUAACUGGAAGCUCACACCUAUUAAUGAUACUCACACCAACCUUUCCUUAAACAUCCCGUACUUGGCCCCUGAGGUCUACACUGUGCCCUUCACCAUCUCUGACAGCAGUUCUCCUCCCCGGAGCACCUUCAUAAACUUGCCAGUGACAGUGUGUCCCUGCAACAUUAGAGGGAACUGCAAAAUGGCUGCCAAGCAGUUGGAGGGUAUGCCAACUAUUCAGUCAGCAGUGGGGAUUCUUCUUGGCACCUUCACAGUCAUCGGGACUAUUCUCAUUGUUGUGUUUGUGAGAAUCUCCUACCAGAACCCCAAACAGCCGAGCAAAACUCACCAGGAGCGAGUUCCCCUGAAGAUUUCAGUCUAACUAGAAGGCUGGUGUGUUGUCUGUCCCGCUCAACGUCUCAGCCAGGUGGGCCCGUGUAACAAUGUGGCUUACAGGGCGGCUCAUUCAUGAACUCACUGUGUCUGAAAAUGAAUGUAAAUUUCAGUUAUUGAAACGUUCAGUUGUGCAGUCACCUAAGAGCAAAAUGUAGAAGUCUAUUUUAGACUAAUUCUAGUGCUUAGGGAAAGGAAAUUGUCAUUUUUUCUUUUGAUGAUCUGUUAUCCAGAAUGUGCAUAUUUUCCACAACCGAGUAGAAAGAUAGCGAUUUAAAACAAUUGAUAGUGAGAAAAAAAAAAGAUAUUUCCGAAGCAUGCACAAAAAAAAAAAGUUUCCUCCCCACCUCCUCAACGGUGUUACAAGUGCUCUCCAACGGGGGAAAGCCAACUCCAGAUUUACUCUUCGCUAUAUAUGCAUAAUUUUGCAUAAAAAAUUGGCACUGUGUCCGUCAUUGUUAUUGCUUUCUGUUUGAUGCAAAUCCAGCACCUAGUUUUCUAAAAUGUUAGAAAGGUUGAAGCAAAAUAUGACAAUAAAAAGAGGGCGGGUUCACUGCUGAUGUAAACACAACCACACACUUCUAUUCAAAAGUUAAAGGUAAUACAGAUUAUUUGAGUCAAAACAUAGUUUUUCAGGCAAAUCGUUGCUCAUGCGUUUACUUUUUGCAGAAAAGAGGUACAGUCACAAAAUGUUCCUCUUACAGACACCAUAUUUCAGUCAAAUGAAUCAAAAGCUGCCCAAUUCUGCAAUUACCUUCUGCAUGUCAUUUUUGUUCAAACGCCAGUUUCAAUAAAUUGUUCCCACUGUGAAAGGAACAAGAAUAUACAUGUACACAGUGUUCUGGGUCAUCAGUAAUACAUGAGCCAAAACAAUCAUCAUAAAAUCAUAAAAACUCAAGUGUUUUUCAUCAGGAGCAGCUGGAAACCAUACCGAAACUAAAGGAUCCGCGUGUAUUGGACAGAAAUAUAACUCCACUGGGAUAAUAACAUCCAUCCAUGACGCUGCUAGAUGUCUGUUAACAAGAUGAUUAUGUCCGUAGCCCCCAAAAUAUAUAUAAUAUCAUAAUAUUAAUCAAAGGCAAUAUGACAGCGUUUAAACAGUGACUUUAACAUAAACCAAAAACCGACACGGCACAACUUUUUUGUAUUAUAGUUUGUUCCCAGUUUUAGUUGGAAAGUCCUCUCUUAUUGUCUCUGUUCUUGUUUUACUUCCCAACUGUCUUUGUUACCUUUCUUUGUUCCUCCACACCUGUUUAUUAGUUCCUUGUGUAUUCAGUGUGUGUUUUGCUAGUUUCUGUGCCGGCAGGCGGGAGUCUGACCCAGUGGCUCUUUUUACCAGUGCUUUGUACUGUAUGUCCUGCUGCCACUCUUUUGGAUAUCCUUGUUUUCUUGCUUGACUUGAUAAAAAUGAUUUGCUGCC